CGGGCGGUUACUCUCCUGUGGCGGCUGCGGGAGCGUCUGGUUCGGUCUCGCCCCGUCGUUGUUCCUUCUGCCUCUAGCCAUGGCCCACAAGCAGAUCUACUACUCUGAUAAGUACUUUGACGAGCAGUACGAAUACCGACAUGUGAUGCUGCCAAGAGAACUUUCAAAGCAAGUGCCAAAAUCCCAUCUAAUGUCUGAAGAGGAGUGGAGACGACUUGGUGUUCAGCAAAGUCUUGGCUGGGUUCACUACAUGAUCCAUGAGCCAGAACCACAUAUUCUUCUCUUCAGAAGACCUCUUCCAAAAGAUGAACAGAAAUGAGCUACUGUCUAUAAAUUAUCUCCCAAAUCUUCUGGAACUAUGUAUAUGAGUGUAUAUAUCUUGGUAGUAUUCAGUGAAUACUUUAAGAUGUACAAAACAUACAUCCAAACCUGUGCAUGAGCUGUAUUAUUCACAGCAACAAAGCUCAGUCAAAUACAAUUGCAGAUAGGCUGCUAUGGUGUUCAAAGAGUGAUGAAUAUAAGUGCCUGUCUUUUCAAUGGAUUUUGUUUCUUAAAGUUUACAUAUUCCAUGCUCUGAUUAGAUGAUCCCUUGUUACCUCUGUUCAAUAACUUUUGCACUCUGCUUUUCUGCUGAUGUGUAGCUUGUUCAAAUCCAGUAGGUCACCUGUUCAAUAGUAGGCAUAAGGAAAUAAACUGGU